GUGAAACUGAGUUUAUUGAGGUCUUCAUGUACUGGUAGUUGGUUUUGUAUCACGUUUGAUGGUGGCUAGUUUAAAGUAGACGUUACUCGUUAGUGAGAUGUUUGUUCUUGUUUCUUUGAAGGAUACUGUUGUAAUUAAGCCUAAUUACAUCGGUUCAGAUAUGAAAGGAAUAAUGGAGCAGGAGCUCAAUUCUCGUUUCUGCAGCAAAGUUAUUUACAAAGUUGGUCUGUGCAUUUCUUUAUGGGACAUUUUGAAAGUUGAAGAAAGCUUUAUAUCAGAUGUCGAUGGUGCCUAUUAUACUACAGUGAGCUUUCGAAUUGUUUGCUUUCGUCCAUUUAUUGAUGAAAUUCUUAUUGGAAUUGUAAAAUCUCUCUCCAAAGCUGGCUUACGUGUGUCACUGAAUUUUUUUGAUGACGUAUUCAUACCUGCAGAAAAACUACGCUCACCUUCAAGAUACGACUAUGAACAAAAUGCAUGGAUAUGGGAGUAUGCGUACGAAGGUGAAGCAGCUGAAUUGCGCAUUGACAAACAUGAUACGAUUCGAUUUCGUGUAGUUGAAGAAGUUUGGUCUGAUCCAAACCCAGAUAGUGACAAAACUAGCAUUUCAACUUCUAAUGACCCAUUAGAGUGCGGUGAUGGUAAUCCAGACUCUUUAAUUGAACCCAAAGCCCCCUAUACAAUAAUCGGUUCCGUUGUAGCUGAUGGACUAGGUGUAACUUGUUGGUGGGUCAGUUAACCUGAAAGAAAACUCUUUUGAUAUGAUAUUUUUGUUUAUAAUGUAUGUAUUUCAAGAUUCUUAAACUUGAUUAUUACUGGGGUUAUUUUUUGUUUUUAAUGAAAUAUUAUUGUUAAUGGUGAUGACGGUAAAUUUGAAGAGAAAAAAGACGUAUGUACCCUCAUUACUUUCUUUUUAAGAAAAGUGGAAACGUCAUGAUAAACAAGAUUAUAUAUAUAUUGAGUAAACAGAAAAUAUAACACAAAAAAUAUAUAAAUUUUCGAAAAUAAAA